UAUGAAAGCGAUUUAAAUGAUGGAGUUUUAUAAUAUGAUGAAUGUUAAAUUAUUGAUUAUAUAUUUAGGAUAAUAGACAUUUAUUAAUAGCAGAUUUAAGAAAGUUGGAGUUUUUUGAGUAAAAGUAAAUAAGAGGAAGUUUUUGCAUUCAGAAUGAUGUUUCAAUGAUGACAUCUCACAUUGAGAAACAUGAUACAAAUGCAAAGAAAAAUGAAGAGAAAUAUCAUACUUAACCUAUUCGUAGAAUGGUGAUUGUUAAUGAUGAUUAUUAAAAGAUUGAACAAGAGGCUCAAUUAAUAAAGGAUUUAAUUCAAAGUUUUAAAAUGAAUGAAUACAAAAUUUAUUAUUUGAAAACAUCAGUAGAUGCAUUCUUAGAUAAAUAUCCUUUUUACACAUUUUCAAAAACAAUUUUAUAAAAUUAUGAGAAUUUGGAUAAUAAUGAAGAUUAAUAGAAAGUCUUAUUUGCUUAUUCUUAAUUCCCUUAAUAACUUUAAGAGAACAAAUUAUAUCUAGGAAGUAAUUUGAAUGCUAAUAGUAAAAAGUAAUUGGAUGCUUUAUAAAUAAAGACAAUAAUUGAUUUAAAGAAAUAUGAACCUGAUGCUUAAUUAUCUAGUUGGAAAAAAGAAUAAUAUAAUUAUAUUAAUUAUCCAAUAAGUGAAGGGGGAGAAUAAUUUAUUGAUUUUUAUUAAAUUACAGAUUUGAUUGAAUCAUAAGAUGCCCCUAUAUUACUGUGUUGUCCAGUAAUUAUAAUAUAUAAUUAUAGGAUGGUUAUUCAAUAACAAGUGUUGUAGCAAUAGGAUAUUUGAUGACAUUAAAAAAGUAGAAUUUCAAUAUUUCAUCUUUGAAAGUAUUUUAAAUAAGAGGGAACACAACAGUGAAUAAAUAACUAUACAGUUAAAUAUUGAGUUAUGAUCCAAAGACUAUAGUUAAUAAGAUAAUAUAAUAAUAACUAGUAUAAUAAUGAU